GAAACAUUUUAUGCUCCCAUACCCGUGAACCGAUCCCGAGAUUUUCUCACCACAUAUAGCGAAUUAUUUCACCUCUUGGUGUUCCUACAGGGUGUAGUAGAUUCCGCGGGCUUCAACCAACGCUGACUUUCCCACACCCUCCGCCAUGUCUCAGGGGGAUUUUUCCACGGCACUGCUCGUGGAUCACAUGAACGAGAUUGACAAGCGCCGUCGGAUGAUGACAAUCACGCAAAAAGAGGUCGAGACCAAACUGGCCCUCGCAACGAACGACUCCAGGGAUCUCCGCAAGACGGCCGACGCGAUGACCGCCGAGGAGGAGGACCUCAAACGCGUCUUGGACGCCCUCACAGAGGAGCAGCGAAAGGUGGAUCUCCAGCUUGUGGAGGAACGCACUCGGGCCCGGCAAUGCGAGGCGGAGGAGCCGCUUUUGCACGCCCAUACCACCGAACAACUUGGCAUCCUGGAUCACGAAUUGGACGACUGGCGUGCGAAAUCGGAGAAGCUGGAGGAGCUCUGGCAAGCUUUCUCAGCCGAUGAAGUCCUCAGUGACCUCCGGGAGACGAUUCGGCAGCUCGAGGAAGAUCUUCAGGCGAAAAAGCAGGAAAAGGAAAAGAUGGAAAAGGAAACGUCGGAGUUCAUUGUGGAGAUAGCUCGACUGAGAGAUCCUUUGUAUAAUCGAACUUGCUCCGAGACGAAUUGCUUGCCGCUCGGUUGCGAUCCCGCGAAAGAAAUCGUGGAGGAGAUGGAUAUCCCCACCCAACACGCGAUCCAGGAGCUCGAGCAACUUAUUCAACAGGAAAAGCUAAAGUUUGAGCAGACGGAGUUGCAGCAUCAUCGCCAACGCGCUAUUCUCCAGACGGAGACUGAGGACCUAGAAAUGCGCGCGGGGGAGCUGUUGAGCGUCUUGCAGGACGUCAACAACUCACGCGAACAUCUGGAGAACUCGCUCCAGUGGCUGUAUCGGUGUUUAGAGUACAAAAUGUGUCUUAAUUGCAUGCAGAGCUAUGAAUUAAAGAACUCCUAACUUGCAGGGAGGUAUUCAGGUAAAAAGCAUUCUUAAGUUCCAUUUGGCAGAAAUAAUCGAUCAGCUUUCUUUCCUAUUGCACUACUGUUUUAUCAGUAUUUUUAUUUAUUUAUUCUUUUCAUUCUCCUUUUUUUCAUCUGCUCUCUUCCAUGAUCUUUUGAUAUGGAAACCUAUCUGAACUUAAUAUUUCAAAUACGGAAGGCCUUCAGGGCAUAUUCACAUUGAACCCUCCA